AUGCAAUCUAAUAGGAAUAAUACCAAUGGCCCUCUCGGUUUUAAGAAUGGUACUCCUUUCAAUCUCACCGGUGACAACAAUCAAUACUUAUUAAGGACCGAGAAUUUGGAGCCUCUAGUCAGCUUAACCAAUCAAUUAAGUGCUGAAAUUAAAAAAAACCAUGAGAAAUUAUCAGAAGUAUGUCACGAACUGGACUUUGCUUUUCAUCAAUUUCCGAAGGAUCUAUUUUACCACAGAACAAUUCAGGUAGAGGGUGCCAAUGUUAAAAAAGAGGUGGCUGAUCCUCUUAUUUCCCAAUUGUUGGAUCAAAAAUAUAAUCUCAAUGGGUCUUCGGAGUCAGAAGAGCAUCUGAAUAUUGAAGAAGAAGUAGAAGAGGAGGAAGACCUUGCAAAAAAUGAAGAUAUUUUACUCAAUCAGAUCAAAUCAAUAGAUUGCCUUUUAAACGCAAAAACUAAGAAGAAUAAAGAGUUGUACAACAUAUUAAAGGAUUAUGAAACUGCUAUAUUUACGGAAUUAAUGCCAGCUUUGUUGAAUCAUUUUAAACAGGAGCUGAAGGAUGACCACAAAUCAGAAUUAGGAAUUGAAGGUACGGAAAUUACGACAAACCAUCUGGGUUCUUUUCUGUCCUUUGACAACGAUUUGGAAGCGAUUUUUGAAAAUAAAGUCAAGUAUCAGACUGACGUCUAUAAAUCAUACUUGAAAAGGAUCGAAAAUUCCAGUGAAGUAUAUGAAAAAUUGAAACGAAUUAUCGACCAAAUGUGA